CAAAAGGCCUUAAUCAUCUUGUCUGAUGCAAUAACAUUAGAGAACCGGAAACCAAGAGAGAGAGAGAAUCACAUCAUGGAUACCAGGGAAACGCAGUUCUCUGAUGAGGGACCCAUCCAUGUAAACGAUCAACUCUCAGCAAUUUUAGGGGAAAACGAUAUCAAUGAAUUUUCUGAGCAGGAUGAGCGAGACAAAGCCGAGUGUAUUGAGAAAUGUAUUAAAAACUCAUCCUUUCAAGACAAUUACCAAAUAAUCAGGGAGAUUGGUUCUGGAAGACAGGGCACUGUGUCUGAAGUCCGGAAAAUUACAGACGAUAGACGAUGUGCAAUGAAAUUAGUUCCAAUUGAUCAAAAAGAAUUUCAGGCUUGCAAGUAUGAUGAAUCAAAAAUCUUACACAUAUUAGAGUCCCAUGAAAAUAUUGUCAGUUAUCAUACAUCGCAUGUAUUUGAAACCUCAACAACAAAUGCUGGAAAUUCUGAUGUAACAACGAAAUAUGUUGCAUGCUUAAUGAUACUGACAGAGCUUUGCGAAAUAUGCUUAGGGAAAAUGAUAAAAGACAAGAGCAAUGACAUAUAUGCUAAUUAUGAAAGAAGGUGUCAAUUAGUUAUUGACAUUUUAAAUGGAGUCCAAUUUAUUCAUGAGAAAAACAUCAUUCACCGAGAUCUCAAACCAGCAAACAUUUUGAUUGGUAAGGACGGCAGGGCUAAAAUUUGUGAUUUUGGCUUGGCUAGGAGCAGAUACCGAACUUCGGAGGUGGAUACCCAAGGUUCUGAAAGGAAUGCAAAAAGCUUUAGCAAGGGUAAAGGAACACGUUAUCACAUGGCACCAGAGGUAAAAGAGGAAAGUAAUCUUCACUACGACAGAAAGGCAGAUUUUUAUAGUAUUGGAUUAAUUAUAUAUGAAAUGUAUGUUGAAAUGGAUGAGAGUGAAAAGCUUCGUACAUUUGACAAACUCAGAACUGAAAAUUUUGCCCCUCUAGAAGAUAUCAACAAUGAGAAGGUACAAGACAUUGUAGAAAGUCUAUUAAGCCAUGAACCAUCCUCUCGUAUGGAACUGAAUGAAGUAAAACAAGCUAUUGAGUACCUGAUGAAGAAUUAUAAUACUGUAGAAGGAAAUCAGGUGCUGGUACUGCAUCAAUCAGGCACCCAAGAGGCGAAGUAUCCUGGUCCCCAAGGAAGACAAUCAAUGGAAAGACAGAACAAUGAACCCUUUCCCUCUUCCCCUGCUAAAGAUCAAGAUGUACCUAGAAUUUCAAGGAACAUCCAACACCUUAAGGAAGAGAUUUGAUCAUCAGCCAUGUGUUUGCCGAGAAUUUAGACACCCCCCACUGGUGCAAAAAUAUGCAUUAAGUGCCGUUCACAUGUACUUAAAAAGCUUUUGUUUGUGAGAUGUAACCUUUUUUGCUCAUUGCAAAAUUUAUGUUUUAAUGUAGAGAUUUUUUAA